UCAAAGCGCGCGUCAGUUGGCGACUGCAAACACACGCAGCCGCUUUCAGUCUCUCCUGCCGGGACAAAACCCGCCAGUAAACCCUCAGCACAUCUGGAUUUAUCUCUCCAAGCCGUUUAUUUUCACCUGAUGUGAAAGAGUGUUUUAAAGAGAGCAGUGAUGGGCGCGUUUGGAGUGAUUCUGAGGAGUUUACAUUGUGUGGGACUCUACAUCCAACUUAGUGCCAGUCUCAGACAAGCUGGAAGCGACGACGUGGAAAACCACAUAUCCAGCAACGCUCUCUUCACAGAGGUCCCUCAUGACAUCACAGCACAGAGAGGACAGGAUGUGGAGAUGGCCUGCUCGUUCCGGGGGGCGGGGUCACCGUCCUAUUCGCUGGAGAUUCAGUGGUGGUACAUCAGGAACCACAGAGAAUGGACGGACAAGCAGACGUGGACCACCAAUCAGGUUGUGCCACAGAAUGAGAUGUCCAAGGACGCCACCAAAAUCAGCGUGGUAAAGGUCGCGGGUAGCAACAUCUCCCACAAGCUGCGUUUGUCCAACGUGAAGCCGUCGGACGAGGGCACGUACGAAUGCCGCGUCAUCGACUUCAGCGACAGCAAACUGCGUCACCAUCGCGUGCGGGCGUACCUACAGGUGGAGCAGGAGGAGGAGGAGAACGCCGCACGUCCAUCCCAGCAGGUGGCAGCGUCACCGGAUGAAAUUCUGCCGUCCGAGCACCACAAGCACCAGUCUGCCCAUCACGGCCACCACAAAUCCGGUCGAGAGCUCAGGAAGAGGUCCGCUGAUGACAAUAAUACUGACACCAAGGAGAGCUGUGCACUUUAAAAUCCAGUUCUUAGUUUCGCUCACACUUUACCCCAAAUCCCCACCGUCCCUUAUUCCUUCAAACCCUAAACCUUAACACAAGAUGUAUAUUUGUGUAUAAAACAAAGUUCGAUGUCUGUUCAAAGCAGCGAGUGCAUGUCACAAAUGUUUUUAGUAAGAUUUGCCAAAAGAGAAAGCAACCAAAUCAGGCUUUUCUCAUUUUAGCGGAUGGUUUAUGCUUUUGAUACAGUAGACAGAUCCCAGACAGCAGACGACUGCAGGCCGGAUCCGCCGCCUUCGUCGCAGAUCCGGCCUGUUUGCUGUCUGUGAUGGAUCUCAUUGAAAAAUGUGUCAUAUAGAUAUAUAUCAAUGAAAUUAAAUUACAUUUUGCAUAAAGACAAUGAUGCCUAUUUUUAGAAGUAGUAAGAUUUAUUUUAUAUUGUGACUCUAUAAUUUUUUUGACAGUUAAGCACGUUGCCCCCCUAAAAUUCUUAUUAUUGUAAUUCAUUAUUUACCAUUUACAGAUUGCUGUAAUGAUUUUUUUGUUUUUUGCUUUACAGUAAUAAAAUAUUGCGAGGGAAUUGUGCUUUAAGUGUCAUUAAUGUCACAAUGUAAAUAAAAUCAUUAACUAGACUUCUUUAUUUAUGUUACUUCAGGUGAAAUAUGACCUACAGUAGACAUUUAUUGGUAGUUUGGAUUCAUCAAUAUGAAAAAUGACAAAACGCGUUAUGUUAUCAUGUAAAAUGUUAUUCAUGAGGUCAAAACAAUUACAUUACAUGUUGUAAUUAAUCUCAUUGUUUACAUAUAUAAUGUAGAAGGCACUAAACUAAGUUUUUUUUGUUGAGGACUCACAGAUGGCACAGGGUUUAUCUCUGCAAAUAUUUCAUCAUGCUUUAGUCUUAUUAACCCACGACACACACAAUAUUACAAAGUUUUGUGGUUUUAUGCAGCUUUUAAAAAAUCUAAACAAUCACCACUCUCAGAACUAAAGCUAUAACAGCUGUCACUGGGUUCAAAAAAUACAUCUUUGUACCUAAAGAGUGCAUAUUAUUACCUUAAAAUUACAUGAUUAUACUAAAUCUGUACCUAAAUAAUACAUAUUAGGACUUUUGUAAAGAUUACUGGCCCAAUGACAGCUUUUGUAGCAUUUCUUCUGAGAGUGUUCAGUAUGUUUAUAAUAACAACCGCAUUUCUGGUUUAUUUGAUUUUAUGGUUUGAUUCAGUAGUUUUUGUUUUUGGAAGUGAUCUAUGUACAGAUUGUGUAUAUUACUGUAAUCCUACAGGACUGAAAUCACCUUCAAUGUAUGCCUUUAUCAAAGAAAUAAAAACAUUUUACAUUGAUCAUA